ACGCAGGGCUGAUGUGCGUCAUGACGCCGAAUGUUUGACAGAGUUUUGUCCAGACUUAUUCCGCUUCUGUAUCCAUUCACGUAGUAAACGAGAUAAGUACGUUACACUGCAGCUCAUAGGUAAAUCUAAUAACACAUUUAAACUAUGUCUAUGGAGCCUGCAACAGAGGAACGUUCUUUUAGAUACAAUUUCUUGCCAGCUUAAAUGCUAAAUCUGUGGAGUGCACCUUAGCUAUGAGUUGCUUUGUUUUACAUUUUCAUCCCUAGGUGUCCGAAAAGUUUUCGUUUAUCUCCAGUCGUGUGAUAGUGAAAAUGUGUGGAAGAACCGCUUGCACUCUUGCUCCUGACGAAGUGAGACGGGCCUCCUCCUACAGAGACCGCAGAGGGCGGAGGCGACGGCCGCGCUGGAGGGAUGGAGAUUCGGACAAAUACCAGCCCUCUUACAACAAGAGUCCCCAGUCCAUGAGUCCCGUACUGCUGUCCCAAAGACACUUCAAUAAGGAGGCUCCUGCAGAUAAAUGUGUGUUGGCUUUGAUGCGUUGGGGUCUUGUACCUGCGUGGUUUAAGGAGAACGAUCCAGGCAAGAUGCAGUACAACACCAGCAACUGCCGUAGUGAGAAUAUAAUGGAAAAGAAAUCGUACAAGUUUGCCAUGCAAAAAGGACAGCGUUGUGUCAUCUUGGCUGAUGGAUUUUACGAGUGGAGGAAGGAGGAGAACAAGCGACAGCCCUUCUUCAUUUACUUCCCUCAGACGCCGAAGGAGAAAACCAAGGAUCAUGACAACCCUGCGAAGCAAAGAGAGGAAGGGGAUGAAGCAUGUGUUUGGAGUGGCUGGAGGUUGCUGACUAUGGCUGGACUGUUUGACUGUUGGACUCCACCAGAUGGUGGAGAACCUCUUUACUCUUACAGUAUAAUUACAGUGAAUGCAGCGCCAAAUCUGCAAAACAUCCAUCAUCGAAUGCCGGCUGUCCUGGACGGGGAGGAGGAGGUGAGAAAGUGGCUCGACUUUGGUGAGGUGAAGGGUCUCGAUGCUGUGAAAUUGCUCCAGUCAAGAGACACUUUGACUUUUCAUCCUGUGUCAACACUGGUCAACAACACCCGCAACAACAAUUCAGAGUGUCUUCAGCCGGUGGAUCUCACCAUCAGAAAGGAGGCCAAACCCACAGCCAGCAGUAAGAUGAUGACGAGCUGGCUCAAAAGCAGUUCACCUUCAAAGAGGAAGAGGACUGAAGAGGAGCAGGAAACAAAGACAGAGAGUCAGAAGAAGAGAACAGGACUUCAGCAGUGGCUUAAGGGAUCCGACAAGAAACCAAGAACCCAGUAAAGAGUCAAACCAAUAUCUCCAGUAGUUCCAGAGGACCCCUCCUCUUAGCCCUCCUUUUCUCUAGUUAGAUAAGAAACCGUUCUGGCCUUUGUGUUUUUGUGCCUGUAAACUUCAACCGAAUGAACCUUCACAUCUAGAUUAUUACCAUUAUCACACUGUUUAAAGACUUUGUUAAUAAUAACCGAAAUAAACAAGUGUUCUUCAUUCAA